AUUUCAGUCUUUGAUAAUCCUUUUUCUAUCCCUUACCGCAAAAAAAAAAAAAAAAAACUCUGACAUUGAUUAGAGAGUUGUUUUAACACGGAAACCCUAAUUUCUAUCUAAACACUUGUGCAGUCCGUCCACACACGCAAAGAGCCAGUCUUUUUACUCAUCAUUCAAUUCAUGUCGGGAUUCCGGAAAGUGGGUUGUCUUAAAUUCUGAAUCUUUCGGGGACUAAGAGCUCACAACUUCUUGGUCCCCAAAGACAGAUAAUGAGCCUCAGAUUCCAAACCCCUUUUCUUGGCACUCCUCUCCCUUGUUUUAAUCGCAAUUUUGAUGGUAGAGGAAGAAGAGCAUUCCGCAGCAAGCGUAGUAGUAUCUCCUCUGAGAAUAAGAACACGAAUAAUUGGUUAGCCAAAUUCUCUCGGUUCUGUGGUAAAAAUGUAGAGCUUUUAAGCAAGUCUCUUGAUUCUAGAGGUAAGAGGAUGAUGGAGAUUAGUUGUUUGAAAGAGCCUCUCGUUAGAAGCAAAGGUUUGGUUAGGUCUUUAGCACCCGUUUGGGAAGAAGGUUUGUUUUUCCUCAGGUGUUCUGUUUUCUUCGCUGUGAUCUCUGGUGUUUGUUUGUUGGUCUGGUAUGGACAGAACAAGGCUCGUGUCUUUGUUGAGACCAAGCUUUUGCCCUCGGUUUGCUCUAUGGUUAGUGAGAGUAUACAGCGUGAGGUUGAUUUCGGUAAGGUUAGAAGGGUUUCGCCGUUGUGUAUAACGCUUGAAGCGUCCUCUAUUGGGCCUCAUGGUGAAGAGUUCUCUUGUGGUGAGGUUCCCACUAUGAAACUCUGUGUCCGUCCUUUUGCUAGUUUGAGGAGGGGGAAGAUUGUGGUUGAUGCUAUUCUUAGUAAUCCGACGGUUUUGGUUGCACAGAAGAAGGAUUUUACAUGGUUGGGGAUACCUUUCUCUGAAACUAGUUUGCAGAGUCGUUUGUCCUCUGAAGAAGGGAUUGAUUUUCGUACUAAGACCCGGAGAGUCUCUAGGGAGGAAGCAGGGAUCCGUUGGGAUAAUGAGAGGGAUAGUGAUGCGAGAAAAGCUGCGGAGAUGGGUUAUGUUGUUCCGUGUAAAGAGUCUUCUCAAGGUAAAGAUGAUGCGCUGAAGUACAAUAGGCGUUUGAGUGAAAUAGCAAAUCUCAACUCAUUCACUUGUAUGGAUGAGAAUAUGCAUUCUGCAGAUAAGCAUUGCAUGGACACAGGAGUUGAUUAUGAUGUGAAGCACGCUGAGUUGGAGAAAUCGUUUGGCAUAAAGAUACCUGGCUCAGGGCUCAAGUUCUUGUCCAAAAUGUUAAAGGGCCCGAGGAAGUACAAAUUCAAGUGGAAUUCAAGAUCACACAAUAACUCAGUGUCUGAUGUAAGUGCCAAGAAGCGGAUUCUUGAACGGAGUGCUUCAGCAGCUCUAUCUUAUUUCCACGGAUUAUCACAACAAAGGUCUGACGAGUUGAGUUUGGAUAUGCUUUUAGUCAAAGAAGGUGGGGGAGAAACUAGUAAUCAAUAUGAUUAUCAUGUGCCUUAUGCGGAGCAUUCAUUAUCUAAUGAUUUGGAUGGGGUAAAAAAGGCUACAACGUUAGACAGAUUCUCUGUAUCACGUGAUCCCUUCCUUAUGACUGUUGAUAGACUCUGUGCGCUCUUACAAACUGAACGAAGCUCAUAUGUUGAAGAUACUACGAAUUCUAUUGGAUCUGAGACUUCACGCAGUCAGAGAGGAGAUAUAUCCAUGAAUGUUGUGAAUCAGAAUGGUAAUCGAAGUGGAAAUCAACCUCGUGACUUCACUUUCAAAAAGCAUGAGCAUCAGCCUGUAGCAAAUCAUUUGCGUCCUACUUGGCCAUGGAACAUAAAAUUGAAAGAAGCGAUGUUUAAUUUAUUAAAUGGUUCGUCUAAGAAGCUAACGGGUGGGGCAGGUCCCAAUGCUGCUGACAAGGCUUCUCACUUGAGUGAUGUUUCUGAUGAGAAGACACUACCAUUUAUGCUUGAUUCUGUACAGUUUAAAAGUGGGACGCUUAUUCUAUUAGCUUAUGGCGAUACAGAGCCCAGAGAAAUGAGGAAUAUCCAUGGGCAUGUUAAGUUUCAGAAUCACUAUGGUCGCGUGUAUGUUCAGUUCGGUGGAAACUGUAGUAUGUGGAGGUCAGAAGUAACAUCUGAAGAUGGUGGGCUUUUGUCUGUUGAUGUUUUUGUUGAUACUGUGGAACAGAACUGGCAUGCAAACUUAAAGGUUGCGAACUUCUUUAUCCCGAUUUUUGAAAGAAUUCUAGAGAUCCCAAUUGAGUGGUCUAAGGGAAGAGCUACUGGUGAGGUUCAUCUGUGUAUGUCUAGAGGGGAAAUAUUUCCGAACCUACAUGGACAACUUGAUGUCACAGGACUAGGCUUCCAUAUAUAUGAUGCACCUUCUUCGUUUUCUGAUGUCUCAGCCAGCUUGUCGUUCCGCGGCCAACGCAUUUUCCUUCAUAAUACUAGUGGUUGGUUUGGAAAGGUUCCCUUGGAGGCUUCUGGAGAUUUCGGUAUUCAUCCUGAUGAGGGGGAGUUUCAUCUGAUGUGUCAGGUUCCUUAUGUGGAAAUUAAUGCUUUGAUGAAAACGUUCAAGAUGAAACCCUUGUCUUUCCCGCUGGCUGGUUCUGUAACAGCUGUAUUCAACUGUCAAGGCCCGCUUGAUGCUCCCGUUUUUGUGGGCAGUUGUAUGGUCUCUAGGAAGAUAGCUUAUCUGUCUCCAGAUCUCCCUGCAUCUGUGGCAUAUGAGUCAAUGCUGAAAAACAAGGAAGCUGGUGCAGUUGCAGCAUUUGACCGUGUUCCAUUUUCAUAUCUCUCUGCUAAUUUCACAUUUAAUACUGACAACUGUGUUGCUGAUUUAUAUGGUAUUAGAGCUACCCUUGUUGAUGGUGGUGAGAUUCGUGGAGCUGGGAAUGCUUGGAUCUGUCCAGAGGGGGAGGUAGAUGAUACAGCACUGGAUGUGAACUUUUCAGGAAAUAUAUCAUUUGAUAAGGUUUUGCAUCGUUAUAUGCCUGAAUAUCUUAAUCCCGGGAUGCUAAAGUUAGGUGAUUUAACUGGGGAGACAAAACUUUCUGGGGCCAUCUUGAAACCGAGAUUUGACAUCAAAUGGGCCGCACCCAAAGCUGAUGGCUCCUUAACUGAUGCUCGGGGAGAUAUUGUGAUAUCACAUGAUAAUAUCAUCGUUAAUUCAUCAUCUGUUGCUUUUGAUCUAUACACAAAAUUAGAUACCUCAUACCUAGACCAGUGCUUGUCUCACCAAGACUUCACUCAAGGGGCGGCCAUGCCAUUUGUUGUUGAGGGCCUGGAUUUGGAUCUACGUAUGCGAAAUUUUGAGUUUUUCAGUUUGGUCCCUUCCUAUCCAUUUGAUUCGCCAAGACCUACGCAUUUAAAAGCAACAGGAAGGAUCAAAUUCAUGGGGAAGAUAAAACGACACAGUACCCCAGAUGAUGGAGAGGUUGAGUCAGAAAAUGGUGAAGAUGCAGAUGCAAUUUCAAGCCUUGUUGGUGAAAUUUCGUUUUCAAGUCUCAAGCUGAAUCAGUUGAUUUUGGCCCCUCAACUGGCUGGACGUUUGAGCGUUUCCCGUGAUCAUGUCAAGCUCGAUGCUGUGGGCCGGCCAGAUGAAAGUCUUACACUAGACUUUGUAGGUCCACUACAGCUUAAUUCUGAAGAAAAUGUACAAAGUGGAAAGUUGCUCUCCUUUUCUCUGCAAAAGGGACAACUAAGAGCUAACGCUUGUUAUCAACCGCAACAGUCCGCUACUUUGGAGAUACGUAAUUUUCCACUUGAUGAGAUGGAGUUGGCCUCGCUGAGAGGGGUGAUUCAAAGGGCAGAGAUUCAACUAAAUCUUCAGAAGCGGAGGGGACAUGGUCUUUUGUCUGUAAUUCGUCCAAAAUUUAGCGGAGUUCUAGGUGAAGCUUUAGACGUUGCAGUAAGAUGGAGCGGUGAUGUGAUCACUGUCGAGAAAACUAUACUAGAACAAAGCAAUAGCCGUUAUGAGCUUCAAGGUGAAUAUGUAUUACCAGGCUCCCGUGACCGAGACCUUGGUCAGAAGGAAGCUGGCAGUUUCUUAAUGAGAGCCAUGACUGGACAUCUAGGAAGUGUUAUAUCUUCUGUGGGAAGAUGGAGAAUGAGACUUGAAGUGCCCAAGGCAGAGGUUGCUGAGAUGCUUCCUCUUGCAAGGCUUGUUUCAAGAAGUACAGAUCCAGCUGUUCACUCAAGAUCUAAGGAUCUUUUUAUUCAAAGUGUGCAAAAUCUCUGUCUACAAGCUGACAAUCUUCGAGACUUGCUUGAGGAGAUACGUGGUUAUUAUACUCCCGCAAGUGAAGUCAUUCUUGAAGAUCUAAGUCUUCCAGGUUUAGCUGAACUCAAAGGUCAUUGGCAUGGUUCGUUAGAUGCUAGUGGUGGAGGCAAUGGAGACACCUUGGCCGAAUUUGACUUCCAUGGAGAUGAUUGGGAGUGGGGAACUUACAAAACACAGCGUGUUCUGGCAACAGGCUCAUAUAGCAAUGAUGAUGGUUUACGCCUUAAGGAGAUGCUUAUUCAAAAAGGAAACGCUACACUGCAUGCAGAUGGGACCUUAUUGGGGCCAAAAACGAAUCUUCAUUUUGCUGUUCUGAAUUUCCCUGUUAGUUUGAUACCUACCUUGGUUGAGGUUGUUGAAUCGUCAGCUAGUGAUCUUGUGCACUCUUUGAGGCAACUCUUAUCACCAAUCAAAGGCAUUUUGCACAUGGAAGGGGAUCUUAGAGGGAGUCUUGAAAAACCAGAGUGUGAUGUACAAGUUAGAUUAUUGGAUGGCGCAGUUGGUGGUAUAGACCUUGGACGAGCUGAAGUGUUUGCUUCCCUGACAUCCAACAGCCGUUUUCUCUUCAACUCCAACUUUGAACCAGUUGUCCAAAAUGGUCAUGUGCAUAUACAAGGAAGUGUUCCUGUUAGCUUUUCACAGAAAGACAACUCUGAGGGAGAAGACAGGGAAACUGAUAAAGGUGGUGCAGUGAAAGUCCCUAGCUGGGCAAAAGAAAAGGAAGAUGACGAGAAGAGAACCUCAAGGGAUAGGAGCGAAGAGGGAUGGGACAGCCAACUUGCAGAGAGUCUCAAGGGUUUAAAUUGGAAUAUCUUAGAUGCAGGAGAAGUUAGAUUGGAGGCAGACAUCAAGGAUGGUGGUAUGACAUUGUUGACAGCCAUAUCCCCUUAUGCAAAUUGGCUUCAAGGCAAUGCUGAUAUCAGGCUUCAGGUCGGUGGUACAGUGGGGAAUCCAAUUCUUGAUGGGUCUGCAUCAUUCCACAGGGCAUCUAUAUCUUCACCUGUGCUCCGUAAACCUCUCACAAACUUUGGUGGGACCUUACAUGUUAAAUCAAACAGGUUGUGCAUAACCUCAUUGGAAAGCAGGGUAAGUCGAAGGGGAAAGCUGGUUGUUAAAGGAAAUCUUCCCCUUAGGUCAAAUGAAGCAUCUAGUGGUGAUAGAAUAGAGCUCAAAUGUGAAGUUCUUGAAGUACGAGCAAAGAAUUUCUUAAGUGGUCAGGUUGAUACUCAGCUACAAAUUAGUGGAUCAAUGUUGCAGCCAACUAUAUCAGGAAAUAUUAAAUUAAGCCAUGGGGAAGCUUAUCUACCUCAUGAUAAGGGUGGUGGAGCUGCCCCGCUCAAUAGAUUGGCAGCCAAUCAAUCAAGGAUUCCAGGUGCUUCUAUUAACCAAGCAGUUGCUUCUCGAUAUUUUGCUCGAUUCUUUGGUACAGAACCGGCUUCGUCAAGGAUGAAAUUCUCCCAGACAGCUGGUGAAUCAAAUGCUGUUGAAAAGGAGAUUGAAGAAGUGAGAAUGAAACCAAAUAUGGAUAUCCGUCUGAGUGAUCUGAAACUUGUUUUAGGACCAGAGUUGAGGAUAGUGUAUCCUUUAAUCCUUAAUUUUGCCAUUAGUGGUGAGCUUGAGCUUGAUGGCAUGGCUCAUCCCAAAUAUCUAAAACCAAAGGGUAUCCUCACAUUCGAGAACGGAGAUGUCAAUCUUGUGGCUACUCAGGUACGCCUGAAAAGAGAGCACCUCAAUGUUGCAAAGUUUGAGCCUGAACAUGGACUAGAUCCUCUGUUAGAUUUAGCUUUAGUUGGUUCAGAAUGGCAAUUCAGAAUCCAAAGUCGUGCCAGCAAUUGGCAGGACAAACUUGUGGUGACUUCAACUCGUUCUGUGGAACAGGAUGCUCUCUCACCGUCCGAGGCUGCAAAAGUGUUUGAGAGUCAAUUGGCAGAAUCCAUAUUAGAAGGAGAUGGGCAACUUGCUUUCAAGAAACUUGCAACCGCAACACUUGAUGCCUUAAUGCCAAGGAUAGAAGGGAAAGGAGAAUUUGGUCAGGCGAGAUGGAGGUUGGUGUAUGCCCCACAGAUCCCAAGUUUACUCUCUGUUGAUCCAACUGUCGAUCCUCUCAAGUCUCUGGCGAGCAACAUCUCCUUUGGAACGGAAGUCGAAGUGCAGCUCGGAAAACGUCUUCAGGCCUCUGUGGUAAGACAGAUGAAAGAUUCUGAGAUGGCGAUGCAAUGGACAUUGAUUUAUAAACUCACGAGCCGCUUGCGUGUCCUCCUUCAAUCUGCGCCUUCAAAACGGUUGCUUUUUGAAUACUCUGCAACGUCACAAGACUAAAAUGCUUGUCCCUUCCUCUUUAUAUGGAUGAAGCCGUUUGUUGCAAAGGAUAGGACUGCUAGGUUGUAGUGACUUUGGUUAUUAGCAUUUGUUAUUGACAAGAAAAUUAUUUUAUUAUUUGGUCAGGUUGUUUCAUUGUUUGCUUCUUCUGGUCUGUAAAAAUUACGUUGUAAAUGUUAAGUUUUAGGGCAUACAAAAUUAUGAAAAAUCCCAGUUCAUAACUGAGACAAUGGUUACAUUUUUUUUUCCUGUAACACGAGACAAUGUCUACAAAACAGACGAAAUCUUAAAUAAGAAAGGGAGAAAUCAA